AUGUACUCGAUGUGCCUGGCAGAGGCCCAUCCUGUGGCGGCCUGGUAUUGGCACAUCCCGCCAGCCAAUCACCAAGGCCCGACACCGACCACCUUCGAAGAGCUCCAGGCCGAGGACCCGGACAUCGACCGGCAAACCGAAUGCGGCAUCUGCCAGCGGCCUUUCGAGCAGCGCUGCCCCGCCGCGCCAUCCUCCCCCCAGGCUGACGCUCCGGGAGGGACAUGCUCCGGCAUUCCUGGCGAGGAAUGUCCCCUGGAGAUCGGCCCCUGUCGGCAUGCAUUUCACCUGCACUGCAUGCAGCGUUGGGUGGCCCGGCGGCAGACAACCUGCCCCUUCUGCCGUGCGGUGUGGCAUCUCCCGGCCACACGGCCAGACGCCCCGCAAUAG